GUGGCAAUCACGCGCUGAUUCUUCUCUACCAACCACAAAGACAUUGGCACCCUUUAUCUUGUAUUUGGUGCCUGAGCCGGAAUAGUAGGAACCGCCUUAAGCCUCCUCAUUCGGGCCGAACUUAGCCAACCCGGGUCGCUUCUCAGUGAUGACCAAAUUUAUAACGUUAUCGUGACUGCCCACGCCUUUGUAAUAAUUUUCUUUAUAGUAAUGCCUAUCCUUAUUGGAGGAUUUGGAAACUGACUUGUACCACUAAUAAUCGGAGCCCCAGACAUAGCAUUCCCACGAAUAAAUAACAUAAGCUUCUGACUACUACCCCCAUCAUUCCUUCUACUCCUAGCUUCUUCUGGUGUUGAAGCUGGAGCUGGAACAGGAUGAAGCGUAUACCCACCUCUUGCAGGGAACUUAGCCCACGCAGGAGCAUCAGUAGACCUAACAAUUUUCUCACUUCACCUAGCAGGUGUUUCAUCAAUUCUAGGGGCAAUCAACUUUAUUACUACAACCAUCAACAUGAAACCCCCAGCCAUCUCCCAAUACCAAACACCCCUGUUCGUCUGAUCCGUGCUUGUAACCGCCGUAUUGCUCCUUCUAUCAUUACCUGUUUUAGCCGCAGGAAUUACAAUGCUCCUAACAGACCGAAACCUUAAUACCACAUUCUUUGACCCGGCAGGAGGAGGAGACCCAAUCCUUUAUCAACACUUAUUCUGAUUCUUCGGCCACCCAGAAGUUUAUAUUCUCAUCCUCCCAGGAUUCGGUAUCAUCUCCCAUGUUGUAGCCUAUUAUUCAGGCAAAAAAGAACCGUUCGGUUACAUAGGAAUGGUCUGAGCCAUGAUGGCGAUCGGUCUACUAGGGUUUAUUGUGUGAGCUCACCACAUGUUCACUGUUGGAAUAGACGUAGACACUCGAGCAUAUUUUACAUCCGCAACAAUAAUUAUCGCAAUUCCAACAGGUGUAAAAGUAUUUAGCUGAUUAGCCACACUCCACGGAGGAUCCAUUAAAUGAGAAACACCAAUACUAUGGGCUCUAGGGUUUAUUUUCCUAUUCACAGUAGGGGGACUCACAGGGAUCGUCCUAUCCAAUUCAUCACUUGAUAUUGUCCUUCACGACACUUACUACGUAGUAGCACACUUCCACUAUGUACUAUCAAUGGGUGCUGUAUUCGCUAUUAUGGCAGCCUUUGUGCAUUGAUUCCCCCUAUUAACUGGAUAUACUCUCCACAGCACCUGAACAAAAAUCCACUUUGGAGUUAUGUUUAUUGGAGUUAACCUCACGUUCUUCCCACAACACUUCCUAGGCCUUAGCGCUAUGCCACGGCGAUACUCCGACUAUCCAGAUGCCUACGCCCUGUGAAAUACAGUAUCAUCCAUUGGAUCGCUAAUUUCCCUAGUAGCAGUAAUCAUAUUCCUAUUUAUCCUAUGAGAAGCCUUCGCCGCUAAACGAGAAGUACUAUCUGUAGAACUAACAGCAACAAAUGUAGAAUGACUUCACGGCUGCCCUCCUCCUUAUCACACAUACGAGGAACCAGCAUUCGUUCAAAUUCAAUCAAAUUAA